UCUACACGACAUCUGUGAUCUUGUCUACACGGCUUUAACUCUCGUCGAUGUCGAAAGUCAGCAGGUAGAGCUAGCGUUUUAUAAUUUAUGAGUAGGAGACUAUUCCAGGCUGCAUCUAAAUUCUAUAGUCUACUGAUCCGUGCGUGGUUUUGCUUGGAAUAAGUUUCCCUUUAAGAGCUCCGUCAAUAAAGCGCGUCUCGAGUAUACUUGGUCUUGUUUAAUGUUUUUGGUUGGAAAUUUCCCUCGAAGAUCAGCUCAAUCAACAUUAUAACGCGGAUUCAUUCAUGCAUGAUUUACUUGAUACUUGCUUUUGUUGCUAAUCGUCAUUAUUCAUCUUCUUUAAUUUGAUCAGUCUGGUUUCGAUCGGGUCACCAAGAAAAGAGAUUGGUCGGCCAUCCUUCUCUAUCGACAUGAACGAUCAGGCCCAAAGUGAAUUCCACGAUGAAGUUAAUUCCACGAUGAAAUGGGCAACAAUAGCUUCACUUGUACUGAUGUUCCUGCAUGCUUCGAGUUUGUCGGGGAAAAAAUUUACGUGCUAUUGUCACUCUAGGAACGUUCUUAUAUAUUGUUUCUGGUGUGGUGAUGACCAUUGCAAUUGUGGCCAUAGUGUAUGCCAUUAUUGAUUGCUUGAGAAAGGCAGGAACUGCAAUUCCUGGUUAUACCAGGAUAGCCACCGGAGACACCUAUAAAGCAACAGAUCCACAUCCAUCAUCCAAUCAUGACAUUGAGAAAGCAGCAGCAUCACCUCCUCUCCUCGUUGAGAAUACGACGAUAGAGAGAUUCCUCAGCAACAUGGCAAGAGAGAAGCCCGUCAGGCUCUCACCUGAGCAACUUAAAGAUUUCACUGAAAACUACUCCACCAUCUUAGGUUCAGGCGGUUUUGGUGUAGUCUUCAAGGGGCGAUUCCCAAAUGGAGUGCAAGUGGCUGUCAAAGUACUUAAUGGUGAUUUGAAUAAGCAAGUUGAAGAGCAGUUCAUGGCGGAAGUUAGCACCAUGGGAAGAACUUACCAUAUCAACUUAGUCAGACUCUAUGGCUUCUGCUUUGACCCCACCAUUAGAGCACUCGUUUACGAGUACAUGGAAAAUGGUUCCCUCGACAAGUUCUUGUUCAGCAACUCCCAAGACAUGGAAUGGGAGAAACUUCAUGAAAUUGCAAUCGGAACGGCAAAAGGAAUUGCUUAUUUGCAUGAGGAAUGUCAACAAAGAAUCACUCACUAUGAUAUAAAACCAGGAAAUGUGCUUCUUGACAAUAGUUUGAAUCCAAAAGUUGCAGAUUUCGGGCUAGCAAAGCUUUGCAAAAGGGGAAGCAGUGACUUAAUAUUGACAAAAGGCAGAGGGACACCAGGAUAUGCUGCUCCAGAGCUUUGGAAGCCUUAUCCUGUGAAUCACAAAUGUGAUGUUUACAGCUUUGGUAUACUGCUCCUUGAAAUUAUUGGGAGGAGGAGACAUUUUGAUGAUAAUGAAAGUGAGUCACGGCAAUGGCUUCCAAGAUGGACAUGGGACAUGCUUGAGAAUAAUGAAUUAGCAGUUAUGAUGGCGCUUUUCGGGAUUGAAGAGAAGAACAGAGCGAAGGCAGAGAGGAUGGCAAUGGUGGCUCUAUGGUGUGUUCAAUAUUCACCAGAUGAGAGACCUCUCAUGAGUACUGUGGUGAAGAUGUUGGAGGGAAGCAUUGAUGUUGUCCCACCACCUUUUCCUUUUGAACACAUGGUAUCUCCUAGACCAACUAUGAACUUACAUAAUGGAAGCCAUGGGGAUUCUGUUACUUCAUCAUCAUCGUCAAUGGAAAACACUCUUGAGAAAUCCAAAUCCAACCCUAUACAUAAAACCUUAGAGAUUGAACUAGCUACUUAGAUCUGUAGAUCCAGGAUUGAUGAUUGUCUAUCUAUACAUAUACAAGAUCUGUAGGUCCGGGAUUGAUGAUUGUCUAUCUAUACAUAUACAAACACUUUCUCCACUACUGUUUGCCUAUAUUGAUAUCAGCUGUAAUUUUUCAAGUAGGUUCAUCCACCACGAAUUCAAAUUUAUUCCAAUGCCAUGGUUUAUGUACAAUGUUGACCAAUAUCAAUAGAUCAUCCUGAUUGCUCCCA